UUUCAUUAAGAAAGUGGUUGCAUGCAAGUUGCAAAAAGCUGAUGGAAGAGUUCUUAUAUAUAUUAAUGUAUUUAUUUGCUUUCUAUGGAUCUCCUACCUACAGAUGUUAAUAUCUUUAAUAUUAAAUUCUUCACAUUACAUCUUAUUUGCUUCUUCUUUAUAGAUAUUUGUAUUUUAAACCAUUAUAUUUGGAUCUUCCUGCCUGUUUCUACAUGAAUAAAAAUAAUAUAUUUUUCUUUCCAUCUGUGUCUUCUUUCUUGAGCUCUCUUUCUUUCUAUUUCGUCUUUCCACCUUCUUCCGAAAUGGGAAGGCCUUUCAACUCGGUGAAUGGUUUACGUGCAACACAGCUCCUGUUUAUAAUCCCCGUUCUCUUCACGUCCACGUGGCCGAACGUUGUGGCUGUUGCCACUCAAGAGCUUCUUGUGGGUUUCAGAGCCUCGCCGAGCCCAUCAGUCUCCUCGUUUCAGUCUCUCUUAAAUGACUCAACAGGCAAUUUCUCUAUGGGCUUUCUCCGAGUCAACCGAUUACAACUCGCCCUCACGGUUAUUCACCUUCCUUCUCUGCAACCACUCUGGCAAGUUAAUCCAACAGCCUUGGCUCGCUGGUCAGACCGCACCGAGCUCUUCUUCAAUGGGAGUCUUGUAAUUUCCGAUCCGCACUCGGAGUUAUUCUGGUCAACUGGAACCCUAGGUGACAAAGUUGUUCUUCUCAACACUUCAAAUCUGCAAAUACAGAGGCUGGAAGCCUCUCCCUCGGUGGUCUGGCAAAGUUUCGAUUUUCCCACGGAUACACUCGUCGAGAAUCAGAAUUUAACUUCUAAUAUGUCCCUCGUUUCAUCAAAUGGGCUUUACUCUCUGCACUUAGGAGACACUUUCAUGGCUUUAUAUGCUAAGUUCGAAGAAAACACACAGCAAAUGUAUUGGAAACGCAAAGCGCUGGAAGCCAGAGCAGUUAUAGUUGAAGGACAAGGUCCGAUUCUUGCACGGGUCGAAUCGAGCGGGUUCUUGGGUAUGUUCCAAACUGGAAACGCUCCAGUAGAUGUUCAACCUUUUAACAGCUAUCAGCAACCCAUCAACAGAUUCCUCUUAGUCCGAUUAGAAUCGGACGGAAACCUAAAAGGAUACUUUUGGGAUGGAUCCACCUGGGCAUUGGAUUACCAGGCGAUUUCUGCCAUGUGCGAUUUGCCUAGUCCCUGCGGUUCCUACGGUUUGUGCAAACCCGGGUCGGGUUGUUCCUGCUUGGAUAAUCGCACGGAGUUUAGUUCUGGUGAGUGCCUUGCUGUUCAGUCCGGUCACCUUUGCAGCAACGGAGAAGCUAAAACCAAAAUCGACUUCCGCGUUUUGAGAAGGAAAGGGGUGGAUUUACCGUUUAAAGAAUUAAUGGGGUAUAAAACGGUGUCGUCUUUGGAACAUUGCGAGGGCUUAUGUGAAAAUAACUGUAGUUGUUGGGGUGCUGUUUACAAUAACGCAUCCGGGUUUUGUUACUUGGUGGAUUAUCCGAUCCGAACACUAUUGGCUGUGGGUGAUGAGACCAAGGCAGGGUAUUUCAAGCUGAGGAAAGCAACAGGGAGGAAAAUGGACGUGGGUGUGGGUGUUGGGAUCUUGAGUGGGGCCAUGGCGAUUCUGGUUGGAGCUAUUGGAUUUGGGAUUUACAGGAUUUGGAAGAGGAGGAGAGGGGUCAAACGGAUCUUGGUGGAGGAGGAUGGGAUAUCACCCGGGCCGUAUAAGGAUCUCGGGUCGGCUAGCUUCAGGUCCAUUGAAAUGGGUACUAUGUAGUGACGCAAGGAAUGACGUAAGAAAAGGUUGGUGGGGUAGGGUUUGACAGACACUUUGGAGGACACUUUUUGGAGUGAAAGUGAGGUGGGGCCACUGGCUAGGCUUAAGCUUGUUUGAUCUUUUUGGGACGUGGGGUCCGGUUGAUCUAGAUAAAUGUGACUGUACAGUGGGUGCUUCUAGAUAUCGGUACAGUAGAACUUGCCACGUAUGACAACUCCUCGAUUGUUUUUUCGAAGGAAAAUAAAGAUUGCUCACUUCACUUGUAGUUGUCGCUAUCUGUUUGGAAGGGAGGAAAAUAUAAAAAGAAAGAAAAGAUGGAGAAGGAGAAGAGAGAGGGAAGAAAAGUCUUACCCUUGCUUUGAAAAUUACAUGCACGAAAUUUGGCCAAAAUAUUAUUCUAGCUAGUUAUUUGAAAAUUUUGAAUGAUGUUGAUUUAUUAAUUCAAUCUCGAUUGUUUAUGCC